AUGGAGGAGGCAAGGCUGCUCGCUUACGACGAAGGAGACAACUAUGUGGUCUACAACGUCCGUACCAAGAAGAUUGAACGUUCGCGGAACGUCAUUUUCAAUGAGAAUCCUUCUCCGGCAAGUCUGCCUGACCCUGCCUAUGAUCUUAAUAUUACAGGCAUGAACCAAGAACAUGAAUAUGAUUCGCAGGAUCGUUAUAUCCCAAUCGAUUUCCUACGUCCUCUCCUCGAGAAUCCGUUUAACAUACGAUCUACCUCCCCACCCUCUCCUACGGUCGAAGAUGAUCCCGAGGAUCAAACGAGGGCUCCGAAUGCUCUCGACCCGUCGAAUCCCGCGCUCUUUGAAGAAGAUCUUGCGUGGUCAAAUGAUGAAAUGGCGGGUAGUUUUGGCAGGUGUGUGGUGGAACAAAGGGUGGAUACUGACUGGUGCCCACUUUGA